GCUGGCCGGGCACCUGAGGGCGGAUCCCAAGAGCCUGGGGUCUCGGAGGUGAAAUAGGCUGCGCCCACGGGCUAGUUUAGCUACAGGAGUGGCAGGAUAUUUUACUUUCUAUAAAGAACAUGGUGAAACUAAUUCAUACAAUAGCCGAUCAUGGUGAUGAUGUCAACUGCUGUGCCUUCUCCUCUUCCCUCUUGGCAACUUGCUCCUUGGACAAAACAGUUCGCCUGUACUCCCUAAGUGACUUUAUCGAACUGCCACACUCUCCAUUGAAAUUUCACACCUAUGCUGUCCACUGGUGCUGUUUCUCCCCUUCAGGACAUAUUUUGGCUUCAUGUUCAACAGAUGGUACCACAGUCCUGUGGAAUCCUCAAAAUGGACAGAUGUUGGCAGUGAUGGAACAGCCCAGUGGUAGCCCGGUGAGGGUUUGCCAGUUUUCCCCAGAUUCCACGUGUGUGGUUUCAGGGGCAGCUGAUGGAACUGUUGUCUUGUGGAAUGCACAGUCACACAAGUUGUAUAGAUGUGGUAGUGUUAAAGAUGGUUCCUUGGUAGCCUGUGCAUUUUCCCCUGAUGGAAAUUUCUUUGUCACUGGCUCCUCAUGUGGAGAUUUAACAGUGUGGGAUGAUAAAAUGAGGUGUCUGCAUAGUGAAAAAGCACAUGAUCUUGGAAUUACCUGCUGUGAUAUUUCUUCACAACCAUUUUCUGAUGGAGAACAAGGCCUUCACUUUUUUAGAUUGGCAUCGUGUGGUCAAGAUUGCCAGAUCAAAAUUUGGGUUGUUUCUUUUACCCAUAGGCUAGGUUUUGAAUUAAAGUAUAAAAGUACACUGAGUGGACACUGUGCUCCUGUUCUGGCUUGUGCUUUUUCUCAUAAUGGACAGAUGCUAGUCUCCGGAUCAGUGGAUAAGUCUGUCAUAGUGUAUGAUAUUAAUACUGAAAAUAUACUUCACAUAUUGACUCAGCACACCAGGUACGUCACAACUUGUGCUUUUGCACCAAAUAGCCAUUUACUUGCUACUGGUUCAAUGGACAAAACAGUGAACAUUUGGCAGUUUGACCUGGAAACACUUGCCCAAGCAAGGAGCACAGAGUAUCAACCAAAGCAAUUUAUCGAAGCUUGGUCAGAGGAUGAUGUGUCAACUUGGCUUUGUGCACAAGGUUUAAAAGAUCUUGUCGAUAUUUUCAAAGUGAAUAACAUUGAUGGAAGAGAACUGCUGAAUCUUACCAAAGAGAGUCUGGCAGAUGAUUUGAAAAUUGAAUCUCUAGGCCUGCGCAGUAAAGUUCUGAGGAAAAUUGAGGAGCUUAGGACAGAGGUGAAAUCCCUUUCUUCUGGAAUUCCUGAUGAAUUUAUAUGUCCAAUAACUAGGGAGCUUAUGAAAGAUCCUGUCAUUGCAUCAGAUGGCUACUCAUAUGAAAGGGAAGCAAUGGAAAAUUGGAUCAGCAAAAAGAAACGAACAAGUCCCAUGACAAAUCUUGUUCUUUCUUCAAUGGUACUUACACCAAAUAGGACUCUGAAAAUGGCUAUCAAUUGAUGGUUAGAAAUGCAUCAAAAAUAAAUUUCUAUUCUAUUGUAUUAUCUACAUUUUUAUUGAUUUUCCUUUGGAUGAUUUAAAGGUCAAUACUAACCAGGAAUUAUUGAAAGGUAAACCUUUAAAGUUAUUACUUUCAUUCCUUAAAAACAUAUGGUCUAAUCAUUCAUCUAAUUACUUUUCAUUGUCUUUUUGUA